AUGGCGGCCUCCCAGCUUGCAGCACUGGAAGGAGCGGAGUCAGGGGCCGAGGGGCUGCCCCUGGCGGAGACCAGCCCUGGCUUCCUGUAUUCCGAGGGCCAGCGGCUGGCGCUCGAGGCUCUGCUGAGUAGCGGUGCAGAGGCGUUCGAGGCCUUCGUGCAGCAGGAGAGGCUGCGGCCCUUCCUGAGUGGGGAUGAGCUCCAGGGCCUGGUCGCGGCGGCUGAGGACUGGACAGCAGCCAAGCAGGAGCCCAGCAGAGCAGAAAGAGCCACCGUCACCAGUGGGGACUCUGGCAGCCUGACCUACUGGCCUGGACAGUCGGAGGAGCCAGUGCCCGUGCUGCGGCUGGGCUGGCCGGAGGACUCGGGCUGGAAGGGCAUCACCCGGGCGCAGCUAUACACCCAGCCGCCUAGUGAGGGCCAUCCGCCCCUCAAGGAGCUGAUGCACCAGGAAAUCCAGGCCGCCUGCAAGCUGGUGGCCAUCGUCAUGGACAUAUUCACUGACCCGGACCUGCUUCUGGACCUGGUGGACGCUGCCACACGUCGCUGGGUGCCCGUGUACCUGCUCCUGGAUGGCCAGCAGUUGCCUGCCUUCCUGACGCUGGCCCAACGGCUGGGGGUGAACCCCUGGGCCACUGAGAACCUGGACAUCCGCGUCGUGAGGGGCUGCACCUUCCAGAGCCGCUGGCGAUGGCAGGUGACCGGCCGGAUGCAGGAGAAGUUUGUGCUGCUGGAUGGUGACAGGGUCAUCUCGGGAUCCUACAGCUUCACGUGGAGUGACUCACGCCUGCACCGUGGCCUGGUGACCCUGCUGACCGGCGAGAUCGCCGAUGCCUUCAGCCGCGAGUUCCGGACGCUGUACGCGGCCUCCUGGCCGCUCCCCCCUGCGCCCACCCCAGGCCCCUUCGUCAGCAGCCAGGGGGUGCCGCAGCUGGCCCGCAGCCCGCACAGCGUGGCCCACCGCCACUCCGUGGCUCCCGUGUCACCGCCGCUGCCUGACGUGUCACCGCUGGCCCAGCGCCUGGCCACCUGCCGCGUCUUCGACAGAGACAGGAAGGAGACCCAGGCCAUCCCAGGACCUGCACUUAGUGACAUCCUGAGGAGCAUCCAACGCGCCCGGACCCCCAGUGGCCCUCCGGCUCGGCCCAGCCGAUCCCUAUGGGACCUGAGCCGCCUGUCCCAACUGUCGGACUCCAGUGACGGUGACAACGAGCUCAAGAAGUCCUGGGACUCCAAGGACACCCCAGCCAAGGCCCUGAUGCGGCAGCGGGGCACUGGGGGCACCCCCAGGGGCGAGGCGGACUCCCGCCCGCUGGCCGGGCUCCAGCCCUGGGGCAGCCCCCUGCCCCUCGGCCCUUCCCGCCGCUUUCGCUACCUGUCCCCAACGCGAAGAAGGUUUGGUGAUGCUGCACCCAAACCCCUGGGGCCCAGAGGUGGUCGGCAGCCAGACUGGGCCACCCAGGCAGGACUCAGGGGGCGACCCUGA